AUGAAAAAAUCAGCGGAGAGAAUAUCUUCGGAUAAGUCGUCAUCCGAUCUCGGAAACGUAUUUUCAUUCAAGCGUUAUUUUAUAAAUAAUUUAGACUCUUACCAUGGGCAAUAUUUCUUGAAGGAAAUUGCUAAAGUGCUUGAGAAACAAGCAGCGUCAACACGAGAAACCUCAGAAACUGUUCUGGGUGAAGAUGCAGUUCCUCCAGAGCCCCCUGUGCCUGAACAGCCGUAUGAGAUAAUCGGAACUGUUACCAAUUUGAAGAUAAAAACGAUAGAUCAUGUUACGAGGAUCGUAUCCAAAACUGAAUGUAUACCGCAAAUGCUGACGUGCGGCACUGUUAUUUUGGAUAUCAGCUACGAUAGAGAUGAACUUAAAACUGCGAUGGAGUAUAUGAAAGUUUUAAAGCAGUUGCUGGAAAAACAAGCUCCGCCGCCAAAGGCAGGAGAUCUGGAUGACAGCGGUGCGACAAGUGCUAAUGUUAAUAAUGCCGGAGAUUUUAAGAAGCGCUAUUUGAUACUGAUAUCCACUGUUAUGACUUGGGCCUCCACCAAACCGUUAGAUCCGGAUACCCCAGAUAUGCCUUUCAUAGAAACAGAUUUUCGGAAAAGGAAGCCACACCCUAAUUAUAAAUUGCACUAUGAUGCUGAAAAUGAAGUGAUUUUAAUGGCCAGGAAAUAUAGGCCAAUAAUAGGUGCGCUGGUAGUAUGUGCUGGGGUGACGUACGGUGGCAAAGAAGACACUCUUUUCUAUUGGUUUCAAAAAGCUUGGGAGUGUGAACCGAUACUUCCAAUCUUAGGCCGAGGAAAUAACGCUGUGCCUCUGAUAAACGUUGUGGAUUUAGCGCUAAUCAUUCACAACCUCGUUCUAGAGUUUCCAAAAAAACUUUACAUUCUGGCUGUGGAACAAAAUGUUUCUAAACAAAAAGAAAUAAUCAAGCCACUUGGACGCUUAAUGGGUUCUGGAAUGUUCAAAUGUAUUCCACAGGAAGACGCUUUCUUGAUACCAGAAAUUGAUCAACGAAUCUACGAUUUAAUGACAAUCAAUUUGAAUAUGGAGCCGACUUUCAUUGUCGAGACAAUGGCACUGCAGUGGGUUUCUGAAUUGACCUUUGCGGAGAACAUACCCGUACUUAUGAAGCAGUUUAAGAAAGAGAGGGGAUUGAAACCUUUUAAGAUUGUCAUAUACGGCCCGCCGAUCACUGGAAAAACGACAUUGGCGAAGAGUAUUUGUGAAGCAUACGGUCUUGUCUACAUUUCACCAGAAACAAUCGCUCAAGAUAUGCUGGAGGAUUUGACGUGGCGUGUACAUCAUUGGGACGUAGGCGAGACUGUUGCUCUAGGUGUUCCUACUGGUGAGGAAGAAGACUUGGGGAUGGCCGACAUGGAUGAUGACAUGGACAAUGAAGAAGACGGGGUCCAAGAACAAGCCAGGCAAAACCUAGCAGUACUCCAGUCUGGACGUCCACUGUCCGAUGAAGAAAUUAUAGGAUAUUUGCGUCAGAAAUUGUUGAGUCGUGAUGCGUUGAACAGAGGAUGGGUGCUCGAUGGAUUCCCAUCGUCGGUAACGCAAUGCCAAGCACUGUUUGACAAGGGUGAUGAACAAGAUUCUGAUGAUGGAGAAGAGCCAGAUGAGGAAGCGUUUGACGAAGAUACUGAAUUGUAUAGCAAUGUGCUAAAAAAGCUAUUACCAGACAUUGUGGUAUCAUUAGAUACAACCGACGAUUUCGUUUGCGAGAAAGCAAUGAGACAGCCCGAAGGAGACUCUCGGUUAGACGAAGAAACUAUUUUGAAACGUUUGAGCGAAUUCCGCGCUGGUGACACUCGAGAAAAUACUCCACUCAACUUUUUUGAUGAAUUGGAUAUACAUCCACUGGUUGUACCCGUUAAGGACCAUACAGAUUACGCAAUGAAGACUCCUUAUGCAGCUGUGGCGUUGCGAAUGGGUCGCCCCUGUCGCUAUGGAAAACUUCAGGCACUUAUUGAAGCUGCUGAGAAGAAAGAAAAAGAAGAAAUAGAAACUUUGAGAACCAAGGAGGCUAAGGCUUUAAAAGAAAUGGAACAGAAAAUGAAAGAGGAACGUGAAGAGAAAAUGGAAUAUUGGACGGAAUUGUAUGCAAUGUUGCGCGAUGAAGAGGAAGCAGCCUUGGCAGCAGCAGGCGAACCCAUGCGCAAUUACCUUGUCCAUCAUAUCUUUCCGACGCUCACGCCUGCCUUGCUUGAAGUUGCCAAGUUACGACCUGAUGAUCCAAUUGAUUUCCUAGCGGAACAUCUGUUCAAGCUGAAUCCAACCGGUAAGAUGCUUGAACCAGGGUAUAAUUUACAAGCUGAAAACCUGUUGGGAAAGAUCAAAAUACUGGACGACGCUAUGAAGGAUCUUGACAUUCAAAUCGAACCUCUAAUAACUCCAGAUUGUGAGAUACACAACCCCGAAACAGGCCGUAAAGUGAACCCGAUGAGUGCUUUAUAAAAAUAUUGUAGGUUACAAAGUCUCAAUAUUCCUAUUUUUACUCACAAUUUCACCUGUAUUGUUACAACGAA